UCUGGAGUUUACGCCAUAUUUCGUUGCUGCCCCAUGGUUUAUGCUGCACGGUUUAAAUGAUCAACGUCUUCAAACGAGGUUGUAUUUGAAUUUAAACUGCAGUUUGGGGACCGCGGAAAGGAAGUUCUGUUUUUUACCUACCUGCUUGUGCUUGCCUUGCUCGCAUUACAAUGGUUGCGUCCUGUAUUGACGUUUGCCUGGGUCCAUCAUCGCUGUGGUGCUGAAAAGAAACGAACCUGUGCGGCCGAAACGAACCUGUGCGGCCGUAGCGAGUGUAUGCUGCUGCGAAGGAUGAGGACGUUUCUGUGGAUCUGCAGCGGUUGAAUUGCACCACCUCGCCCACUUAUUGCUGUGUUCUUGAUUUUAUCCCUCAAAACCUGGACUCUACCGGCGCAGUUUAUGAAGACCCAGUGUGGACAGUAAUGACCUCACCCUUCCAGUUGCCAGCUGGCAGUAACUACAAUGACCGAGCAUCAGAGCUGGCACAAGACAGGCAGCACACAGAGGUGGUCUGUAAUGUUCUUCUGCUGGAUAACACAGUUCAAGCCUUCAAAGUUAACAAGCACGAUCAAGGACAGGUCCUGCUGGAUGUAGUGUUCAAGCACCUGGAGCUGACGGAGAGCGACUACUUCGGCCUACAGCUGGCCAACGACUCCUCAGACAGUCAGAGGUGGCUGGAUCCAACCAAACCCAUAAGAAAGCAGUUAAAAAGGGGGUCUCCACACAGUUUAAAUUUUAGGGUUAAAUUCUUUGUAACCGACCCCAAUAAACUCCAGGAGGAGUAUACAAGGUACCAGUACUUUUUGCAGAUUAAACAGGACAUACUUAGUGGAAGGCUGCCGUGUCCGUACAUCACAGCCACUCUUCUUGCUUCAUAUGCCGUUCAGUCUGAGCUAGGGGACUACAGUCAGGACGAGAACUUGCCCGGCUACCUCUCCGAAUACUCUUUCAUCCCCAACGCACCACAAGACUUUGAGAAAGAGAUUGCCAAACAGCAUCAGCAACACAAGGGACUGCCUCCUGCCCAGUCAGAGUUCAAUUAUCUAAACACAGCACGGACGCUAGAGCUCUAUGGAGUCGAAUUGCACCAUGCAAGGGAUCAAAGCAACACAGAGAUUUUAAUUGGAGUGAUGUCAACUGGGAUUGUCACCUAUAAGAACAGGGUACGAAUCAACUGCUUUUCAUGGCUACAGAUUGUAAAGAUCUCAUUUAAAUGUAGACAGUUUUUCAUUCAACUCCGAAGAGAAUUGAAUGAGAGUCGUGAGGCGCUGUUAGCCUUUAACAUGGUGAACUACCGAGCCUGUAAGAACCUAUGGAAGGCCUGUGUAGAGCACCACACCUUCUUCAGACUAGACCGACCCUUACCACCACAGAAGAACUUCUUUGCACAUGUCUUCCAACUGGGCUCCAAGUACCGCUACUGUGGUAGGACAGAGGUGCAAUCUGUCCAGUACGGCAAGGAGAAGGGCAUCAAGGACAGGGUAUUUGCCAGGUCUCCCAGUAAGCCCUUGGUGAGGAGGCCGAUGGGUGGAGGGAUGGACUGGGAGUCAGUCAGCCGGAACUCCAGAGCCUCUCUGUCUGACGACCGCCUGGAGACCCAGAGCCUCCCCACACGCUCCCCACCAGGCACCCCCAACCACAGGAACUCCAAGUUUGCACAAGAGCGCCUGCGGCCGUCCUCCGUGGGACACCUGCUGGAUCAUGUGAUCUACUACGACCAUGCCUCGCCCUGCCCGACCUUCACCAAUCACAAGGUGGCCUCCUCAACCCAGGCCAACUCCAUCAGCCUGGAUUCUACCCCGUCACCAGACUCGACCGACGACGGCCAGCCGCCCGCUCUUCCCCCUAAGCAGACCAGGAGGUCUCUGUCCAGCCAGUCCCAGUCCCACUCUCAGCAGGAGUUGGACAACCACAUCAAUGAGCUGUACGACACGCCUCUGUCAGAAGACAAGACUAUGCCCAAUGGAGUGCUUCCUCAUGACAAUCUGGUGUUCAUUAAAAUGUGCCCCGAUGAACAAGGACGAUUUGGAUUCAAUGUGAAGGGUGGGCUGGACCAGAAGAUGCCUGUGAUCGUGUCCCGAGUGGCCCCGGGAACAGCGGCUGACCUGUGUGUUCCCCGGCUGAACGAGGGGGACCAGGUUGUCCUGAUCAACGGUCAGGACAUCUCAGAGCACACCCACGACCAGGUGGUCAUGUUCAUCAAGGCCAGCUGUGAGGAGAGCGACUCAGGAGAGCUGAACCUGCUGGUCAGACCCAACGCCAUGUAUGACCUGGUGGAGGAGGAGAAGCUGGAGGAUGGAGAUACGGAGUCUAACUACCAGUACUCCCCAGAGAGGGUGCCCCAGGACCCGCCCCAGGACCAGCCCCAGGACCAGCCCCAGGACCAGCCCCAGGACCAGCCAGAUCACCACCCAUCCUGCUGGAGAGACUCCAUACUACAGCUGAAAGAAGGCUUGAGCACUGGGGCCGUACAGCAACAGUUUGAUCAACUCUACCGGAAAAGGCCUGGAUUGACAAUGUCAUGUGCCAAACUACCUCAGAACAUUUCCAAAAAUCGAUAUCGAGACAUUUCACCAUAUGAUGCAACCAGGGUUAUUCUGAAGGGCGAGGAUGGGGACUAUAUUAAUGCAAAUUACAUCAAUAUGGUGAUCGCAGCGUCCAGUGCUGUAAACCGCUACAUCGCGUGCCAGGGCCCGCUGCCCGCCACCUGCUCUGACUUCUGGAGGAUGACUUGGGAACAGGGCUCCAACAUGGUGGUCAUGCUCACCACGCAGGUGGAGAGAGGACGGGUGAAGUGUCAUCAGUAUUGGCCCAACUCUGGUGCCAUCGCUACCCAUGGGGACUUCCAGGUGUCCUGUGUGACAGAAGAAGGGAAAUCAGCAUUUCUGGUCAGAGAGAUAACUCUCACACACCUGGAGAGUGAAGAGAGCAGGCCGCUGACUCAGAUUCAGUACAUGGCCUGGCCUGACCACGGUGUUCCAGACGACUACACUGACUUCCUGGACUUUGUCAGUCUGGUCCGCACAAAGAGGGAGGGCAAGGAGGAGCCGGUGAUAGUACACUGCAGCGCUGGGAUUGGUCGGACUGGGGUGCUCAUCACCAUGGAAACAGCCAUGUGUUUGAUUGAGUGCAAUCAGCCCGUGUAUCCGUUGGAUAUCGUGAGGACAAUGAGAGACCAGAGGGCCAUGAUGAUCCAGACCCCGAGCCAGUACAGGUUUGUCUGUGAGGCGAUCCUCAAGGUGUACGAGGAGGAGCUGGUCAAACCCCUGACGCCCACAAAGCCCCUGACACCCGUAGAGUCUCUGACGCCUACAAAGCCCUUGACGACCUUGGAGCCCCUGACACCCACAAAGCCCCUGACACCCGUAGAGUCUCUGACGCCUACAGAGCCCCUGACACCCGUAGAGCCCCUGACACCUACAAAGCCCCUGACACCCGUAGAGCCCCUGACACCCACAAAGCUCCUGACACCCAUAGAGCCCCUGACACCCACAAAGCCCCUGACACUCAUAGAGCCCCUGACACCCACAAAGCCAGAGGUAGAGACAGAGUUGGCUUUAGACCUCCUGGGACUGACUGACUGAUUGACUGACAUACGGCUGCAUGGGCCUAAGCACCACCCUCUUCUUCCACAGCCUGUCUGUCUGUCUCCCAUUGUCUCAGUCACAAUAGUUUCUUCCCACAUCUUGAGUCUGGCAAGAGAAACUAGUCACAACCAUGGAGACAACUACCGACAACCACUCAAACUGGCCUGGGAGGGGAAACAAAGCACUGUUGCACUUUAUGACGACAAAACGUGCUACUUUGGAGUAUUAACGAAAGAAGAAAAAAAAGAACAGAAGUUACAAUGAUCAACUGGAAUUUGGGAUGUAAGCAAGUGUGCCGGAUCAAGAGAGAAGUGAGAAACAGAACAGUAGCUGAGUUGGAUUAUAUUGCUGUAGUGUCAUUACUUUCAGACAAACCUUCAUAAUGAACAGGACAACUCAAUGGAAAGUGGACUGACGUUUGUUUUCAGCCCGUCAGUGCGCCAUCACCAAGUGUCAUAUCAGUGGUUUCUUCACAGACUAGUCUUUCUGUAUUUGAUUACUCCUUAGACUUAAGUCUAUUUUCUUUUUUAAGUCAAAAACUAUUCGUCGUCAACUGAAGAUCCGUUCAGAAGUGGGUUGACCCUCUAUGUAAGGUUCUGGUAAUGCGCUCUGACUUCUAAUCUAUGGUACUAUUCAUCAUCUCAUUAUUCCCCUCAUUUGAGGCUAUAGGUUGUCUGAUUGUUUCGAUCAGAUGGGUACCUUUUUUGAGCUUUUAUAUUUAUUAGUCUGCAGAUUGGAAUCACCUCCUGUGCAAGUUCUUACAGCUCCAAGUCCUUUGUGAAGGUGUUCCAAACCAAGGUAAAGGCAGGGUAGGUUAGGUUAGGCGCAAUGGAUGCUGCUGAGGGGAGGACGGCUCAUAAUAAUGGCUGUGCAGUCACUGGCAUGGUAUCCACCACAUGGAAACCACGUGUUUGAUACCAUUCCGUUGACUCUAUUCCAGUUGUUGUUAUGAGCCGUCCUCCCCUCAGCAGCCUCCACUGGUUAGGAGAGGCAUCCCGCCUCCUUUACCAUCUCAUUAGCUGAUUACCUGUCAUUGAGCUCGGCACUACGUGGUAGUGUUGUUGCUGGGUUGUUUUUUUUGAGGCAGCUAUUCAACUUUGAUUCAAGAUGGCUCAUCAUGUGAUGUUACAUCGGUCUCUCCAAGAUAUUAUACGACUAGCCCAAAUCUGGGUAGUAUUUUUAUGCUGGUAACAGAAUGAUCUUGCCAUGCUGGAUUGGGUUGGUACAGUACCUAGAUGGUUUAUCAAGUGUCAUUGCAUGAAUAUGAGGUAUUCAGAGCUCUCUGAAUAAGAGUAUUGUGGGUUUUGGUACCAUGGUACUGUACAUCAGGAUUUUAGGCUGUUGGUGAACAGUACAUACAGAUGAUACAUACAUUACAUAAAAAGACUGAGCUUUCAGGACCAAUAGGUUUUUAGCCUUGUGAGUAAAAAUAAAUGUUUUCAAAUGAACCAUGUGUUGAAAAGGCUCAAGCUAUAGAUUUGCUUCUGAUAUUUUCCCUAAGAGACCCCUUUUUGCUUCUUGGGAAUGGACAGCUCUUUUCAACUGAACGUGUAGCAUAUUUGCUGCUAUGCAUGAUUAGACCCCCCCAAAAUUAUUUUGGAAUUGUAUAUAAUUUUAUCAAUUUUUGUUGGAUAUAGACACCACUAUAGGACAUGUAAGCUAUAUGGUGUCAUCGAGAUUAGUGUAAUGUAACUAGUGUAAAUGUACUAUGUUAUAAAUGAAGGCUUAAUGAAAUUAAAAUAAUGUGAGACAAAGUUAUUUUUAUAAGAACAGAAAAGUUCAAAACUUUUCCACUGUAAAGUCCUGCUGGAAUUAGAAAGUAUUGUUGUGGGAAAGCAUUGCAAUAGAUGUAUGCUGUGUAACAGUUCUCUCCAUAAGUCCAGUGGCAGCAGAAAGAGUUGGGACGGGCAACAUGAAGCUCUGUACACUGACUAAUAGAUUAAUUCAGCACCAUUAAUACUGUUAUUUUUUGCCAAUUGAAACCCACAUAGUGAUUUUAUUCCCAUGAUUUCUGGUUGAAUCAAUAAUGUGAUUGUGCUUUUGAAAUCAGAAAGCUGGCUUGGUUGGCUUGAUCAAACAUGUUGCUGAUACUUCUGCAGUGGGUUUACGCAGUACCUCGCUGACAAUGUUUACAAUGGUUCGUGAGUUAGUUUUGUGAUUUAAAAAGGAUGUGUAUCUACUGAAAGCCCGUGUGUUUACAAAAGCUGUUGUGCGGUGGGGAACUUUGGCCCAAUAAGAUCGCUCACCUCUGCGUCCCAAAUGGCACCCUGUUCCCUAUGUAGUGCACUAGUUUUGACUGGGCUCUGGCCCAAAAGUUGUGCACUAGAUAGGGAGCCAUUUGGGACUUAGACGGUGUCUAUCACUUCACCAUGAAAUAGACUGAGGCACUGGAAUGUUUAUUUUACCAGGUCGUCCCAUUCAAGGUCCAACACCUCUUUUUCAAGGGAAACCUGGAUCACAUGUUUGGUUUUUAUUGCGCAAUGCUUUUCUACCUGAUCAUCGUCAUCAUCACUUAGUAAUAGUACAACAUUCUGCACAACUGUGAUGUAAAUAAGCUUCAUCUGUGAACUAGUGAAAUAUAUUUCAAGAUCAAUCAGGAUGAUGUAAAAAUGUAAUGUUUGUGGUGAAGCUGUACAGAAAUUGAAUGUAUCCAUCUGUCUUUUAGUUGCUCGAAAACGUAAGGGAUGUACAAUUUGACUUGAGGGGAAAUAUUUUUCAUACGACUGUGCUUGUAAAUGCAGGUAAAUAGAUUCUCAAUUGUGUCUCAAUGGGCUCUGCCUGGUCUGCGACAUGAUCUGUGUUUUUGUUGUAAAUAGGAGCCAUAUGUCAGUGAAGUGCCAAUGUACUGUAAGUAAAGUCUAAUUUCUGAUGUA